UGCACAGGAGGCAACGUCUUGUCAGACUGACAAAAAUAAAAAAUAUAUAUAAAGCAUGAGAUGCAGACAAUGCUUGGUGUGGGCAUCUGGGAUGCAAUCUGCCAUUCUUCCCUAAGCCUUGUUAAUCUCAAGCUGGUAUUGAGAUUGGAGGUAGUUUGGAUUGGGGAGUUUCAAAUUUGAAGAGGGUUUUAAGUUUCAAAGUGGGUUGGAUUGGGUUCUGAGAGAUUUCAAGUGGGCUGAAUUGGGUUUUGGGAUUUUUCAAGUGGGUACUAGGUUUUUUUCAGAUUCUUUAUACUUUUCCUGUCUGCGUUCUGAGCUCAAGAGCUGUAAAGCUCUCUUUUUAUUUUGCUUUUAGUGUGUUGUUUAUUUUAUUGCUUUGAUCAGAUGGGGAGUAGUGGAGGAGGGGCAUUGGCAUUGUAUGCAGUAGUUUUCCUGUUGGUCACAUUGGGUGGGGUGGAUGGAUGGAGGCCAUGGGCAAGCAACUUCAAUACUACAGGGGCAGCAAAUGUUUCUGCUGUGGGGCAUGAGUAUGGAGUGUCUAAAAAGUAUGAAGGGUCCUCUGAGUUUGUGCACAUGAGGUACCACAAUGGGCCUGUUUUCACCUCCAAUAUCACAGUUCAUACCAUCUGGUAUGGCAACUGGAAUCCCAAUGAUAAGAGGAUAAUCAAGGACUUUUUGCUCUCCAUCUCUGAUGGAAGCAAGAGUAAGAGCCCUUCUGUGAAUGAAUGGUGGAAGACCAUUCAGCUCUAUACAGACCAAACUGGUGCUAACAUUUCCAGAAAUGUUAUAGUUGGUCCACAGAUCAAUGACAGGUAUUCCCAUGGAAAAGUCCUCACUAGACUCUCAAUUCAAGCUGUCAUAAAAAGUGCAGUCACAGCCCUUAGGCACCCACUUCCUAUAGACCCAAAGAAUGGCCUUUACUUAUUGCUUACAUCCAGUGAUGUAGUAGUCCAGGAUUUCUGCAGGGCAGUCUGUGGGUUUCACUAUUUUACCUUCCCUUCCAUUGUAGGCUACACUCUUCCUUAUGCCUGGGUUGGUCACUCUGGCACACAGUGCCCUGAGGUCUGUGCAUACCCAUUUGCAGUACCAUCUUACAUGACUGGUUUUAAGGCCUUCAAGUCCCCUAAUAACAAUGUGGGUGUGGAUGGAAUGAUCAGUGUCAUUGCCCAUGAGCUUGCAGAGCUUUCAUCUAAUCCUCUUGUCAAUGCAUGGUAUGCUGGGCAGGACCCUUCUGCACCAACUGAGAUUGCUGAUCUCUGUGAGGGGAUCUAUGGAACAGGGGGUGGUGGGUCCUACACAGGCCAGGUUCUUCAGGACAAAACAGGUGCUAGUUUCAACUUGAAUGGUCUCAGGAGAAGGUAUUUGGUCCAGUGGAUAUGGAACCCCAUCUUGAAUGCUUGCUUUGGACCCAAUGCUUUGGACCAGUGACAGUUUCAAUGAUAGAUAUACACAGAAAGGUAUAAUAUAUAUACACAUUAUAUUUGUAUUCAGUGUAGGGAAUGGAUUUGCUCAUAAGCAUAGCUUGUUUUCUUGGUACAGUCUAAGGAUAUGUGAUCCACUCUAAGACUGGCAGCAGGAGUUUGGCCUGUUAUUCAUGCUAUAGUGAAUAUUGGUGUUUCUUUUUUCUUUUGCUCUAGGAGAUUAUGUACAUUAAGGCUGCUUAGAAUGGUGUCCAUGUGAGAUUUCUAUCUUAAUGUGAAUUACUUAUUGAGUUCUCUUGUA